UGCGUGACGUGUCUGCAGCGCUUCGCUCCGUUUACUUGCUCUAACGACUGCAUUAAAGCAGGCUUUUCUGCAGGAUCUGAAAAUGGAUCGGUAUCGCACGCCGUGGAGGCAGUCGAGAAAAGGCAGCUCGAACGUGGAAAGAGUAGUCUGCAGGCAGUUCAUCAAUGGAUCUUGUCGCUAUGGUCCAAGCUGUUACUAUCUACACGAGUUUCCUGUAGUUCCAUCGUUUCAAGUUCAUUGUAGGUACUUCCAGAAAGGUGGCUGCUGGUUUGGUGACCGUUGCAGGUAUCUCCAUGUUCCUCCAGCGGGUGAAGGUUCUUCAGGGAGCAGCAGACGCGGCUCAGCACCUGCAGUGUUUCCCUCAGCGCUGGUGGGACGUUCCCUGGCUGACCGUCGAGGAUCUGAGCCCACUCUUCCACCUCAAGGAGCCUACAGCCUGAAUCGAAGGGGUUCAGAGCCUUUGGUCACAAGUAUGAAUGUGCUGCAGCAGAACUUUGAGCACUGGACUGCAGGCAUUGCAGAGGAGGAAGAGUUUGGGGUUGUGGAAGAUGGACCUCCCCAGCAGGAUGCAAUGAGAACGCUACAACAAAUGGGUGCUACAGACUCCAGUUCUUCAGACAACUACAGCUCUGCAGCUUUUUUACUUGGUGCAGCACCUGUCGAAGUCCAAAAAAUAACAGUGUCUGAAGCUGAAACACAGGUGAUCAGUUCACCAGAGAGACCACAUCAGGGUGGUGCUGCAGUAUCGACAGAGCAUCAGCAUUCAAGGGCCUUUGACCAAAGCAAAGAUGUGGCCUGUGGCAUCUGCAUGGACAAAAUUUCUGAGAAAUCCACCCCUCAGGAACGGCGUUACGGCAUCCUGCCCAACUGCAAUCAUGCUUUCUGCAUCAGCUGCAUUGUUACCUGGCGAAAAACAAAGGACUUCCAGGAGGAUGUCAUCAAGGGCUGUCCACAGUGCAGAGUGAAAUCCUCCUUUUACAUUCCCAGCAAGCACUGGGUCUGUGAUGGCGAGGAAAAGGCGUCAUUGAUAGCUGCAUUCAAGGAAAGAAGCAGUAAGUUAAAGUGCACUUUCUUCAUGCGUCAUGGAUGCUGCCCCUUUAAGUCGGAGUGUAUCUACAGCCAUGAUGUGCCUCCUAAUCACACACACCGUCGCAGGCGCUCGGCACCCAGGGACACAGCUGAGAUGUUGGAGGAUUUGGGCAUUGAUGGCAUCCAACUUUGGAGCUACAUUUUUGCCCUUACUCUAUUGGAUGAAGAUGAUGAUGAACUUCUGGAUUUUCUUGAUGACUAAGGACCUUCUAGAGUCAUGUACAUGUCGGCUUAGCCUUGAGUGAGCUUUGCUUAUCUUCUGCACUGAAAUUAUAAUUGUCUCUUUAGGGGCUGGCUUUACUUUAGCUAGCCCUAAAUGUUUGGCUAAAUCUUUAGCUGUGUAGAUUCACUACGUGUGUUUUUGUAUGAGUGUGAAAGUCUUUUGCCUUUAGUUUAAGGG